AUGACGCAGCCGUUGAACCGUAAGAGAAGCGCUACAGCAGUUUUAAGUACCGCGAGACAGGAAGAUGGUCAGGAUUCCGCCAAUCGAACAAGGGCAAGGUUCUACAGUAUUUCGUCAAAUAUCAUUCCUCAGACUCUAACUCACCCUGAUGACGAUGAAGGUCUCGAUUCAACUAAAGUAACCGCCGUCUUCCCACCAAGCUGGUCUCAUGUGGGAUUUCAAUCGAUUUUUAAUGGUGGCGGUCAAAGGCGAUCUAAGCGUAGCCUUAGGUCUAACGCUUCGCUCGAGGAUCACUCGUUAGCUACUGGGAAGAGCUGCGAUUCCCUUGCCAGCUCAGCCCAUAGGAGAGAUUUCCACAGAUCGGAGGAUGAUAUCUCCAAUGAGAGCAUAAAUACUAGCGGUUCAAGCACCAAGGGCAAAAUGCGGUCUACGUUUCUAGGAAUAGGGAAAGACAAUCAGUCCCUUGGCGAUCGAAACUCCAGAAUUUUUCGAACGAGCACCAAUAGGAGUAGUUCAAGCGUAUCAGGAUCUCUGCUCAGUACAAAAAUGCCAAACAAGACUAGCUCGCUCUCCAACAUUGCAAAAAAGCUAUUCAAGCACCGGCAACGCAGGGUGGUGGCUCAUGAUGAAGAAUUGGAAUCCGUUACGCCGACACCACUAAGCAAAAUUUUGCAUUCUUCCUAUGCCAGGCAUAAGGCACCUUCUCAGUUCAUUCACAACAGUUCCGGCGAACCCAAAUCUGCAUAUUCAUUUCAUUCUCUCAACCAAGGAGGCCAGUACGAUAAACAACUUUUGCCAAUACAGGAUGAGAACUCGUUCACAGCUAACCUGAUGUUCUUGCAUGAUUUUUUGAAGAACUUGUCCACCCUUGAGGCUAAUUACAAGAACUUUCACGCUCAAGAGUUACAUCUGCUAGAAGAAAAUAUUUGGACUGUCCAUUGCACUAUCACCACCGAAUUGUUUAAGUUUAAGAGGAUAUGGCAACUUCCGGCCAAAGUUGAAGAUUUAAACAGAUUACUCGAUUUCUAUAUCACUUUGAAGACCGAGAGCAAGGCUUCAUCACCAAAUGGCAAAUUCCUGGACGAAGUUGAAGAGUUUUUAACCUCUUCGUUGUACAUCCUGGAAAACCAAAUUGUUUUUAAUUAUGCCAAUGAGGAUAUCAUGAACACAUCUCUCAAGAGACUUGGAGUGAUAUGGCAUAUUUUUUAUGAACAGGUUUAUUACGAUGUUAUGGCGGUUUUCAUGCCCUUAGAAAGAAGCUUUCAAGCGAGCCCAAAGUACUGGCAGGAUAGAUCUUUUCAAGAGAGCCCAACGCAGCAUAUUCUAUCUGUGGAUUACCUGCUUUUACGAUGUUUCCGCGACUGCAUAGUAUUACCUUACUAUCAAAAUUUCAUCGAUAGUAACGAAGGAGCAAGUAAAAGCUUUCAAAUGUACAUUUUCAAUGAAGAGGAGGAAAACGGCGUCACCCAACAGGACAAGCUUACUCUGCUGCAGUGCUUCGGAGUUCUGAAUUCGAUUCAAAGCAACGAUCAGAACCAAAAGGUGAUAGAGGAUUUACUAGAAGGAACAAGAAGGAGCAUAUAG